AUGAGCGUACCGCCACCACCACCGCCAUACGACGUAGCGACCGUCCUUUCGGACCACUGUCUCAUCCUUUUCCUAGAAACCGGCUACCGCAGAAGAAAACAAGACGGACGACAUGAUGGACAAAGAGGAAGAGGAAAUAACCCUAACCCUACGGAGAAUGCAUCGCCGGUCCGGGAACGCCGGCCGCUUGCAAUCACAUCCUCGUUCAAUGACGCAGACGUGUACCUUUUCGAUGUUCUGACAGCAGCCGACGCUCUUCCAAAAAUCGCACACGGAUGCAUCCUCUUUGGAGUAACUGCGAGGGAAUUCGAAGGAUCCAUCAACUCGUCCUUCUCGUACUUUAGAAAACGUAGGGAGGCAGAACUGGACCGGGACUGGCUCCGUCAUUGUGCCGGUAUCGACGACAAGAAAAAUUAUGGGAGAAUCCAUCGUCAGGGCAAAAUUUUUCGUGGUCCGAGGGAUCUUUGCCUAGUGCGGUCUGGGUCGCGUUGGAACGCAGCGUUGGACCGGCUAGUGCUGCGCAUGGAACAGGAAGAUCACGGUGGUCGGAUAAACGAUCAGCGCGUUCUCUCUCCCCUUCGCCGGGCGCCGGGCGUCGUGCUACUCUUCAAGAUGAUAUCACAGGGCUUCAAAACUCUUUCAGUUGCUGUCAAACGGGGUGGAAUCAAAUGGGAUCCAUGUAGCACGGCUACGUCUCGAGUGUGGCGAAGAUUAAUAGACGCUGCGGUCAAUAUUACCGGCGGCAGUACAAGCCUUGCUUCCAUUUCCACACUGCCCUAUCCAUCUGUUGGUGACAGGAUGCUUGGGUUCGAGUUUCCAUCAGUCGCAAUCAUCUGUAGUUGCCGGCUCAUCUGA